AUGUCCGCAUCCGGUCCAUACAUACUUAAUUUGUUUCAUACAAACAAAUAUGUGAUAGAGAAUGGUGUAGUGAACACAUUUGAGAACCAGCUGGACGACACUCCUGUUAUUGAUAGUAGGUUGUCAUAUGAUGAGUUGCUUGGUUUGAGUUGUGUGACGUUUGGUUGGAGUCUUGAAAUAGCUAGGAAACUCCACAUUUUGUUACUAUUUGUGACUCAUGGUAGACGGAGGAUAUCACUAACCAAAAAGAAUGGGAACAAUCAUUAUGGUAGAUCUUUCUUUGCACAAGAUGAUCACAUAGAUGAGUGUGAACAAAAUGGUCCAAGGCAAGAACAAGCAAGUAAUUCACGGGUUCAUGAAGAAGAUGGUGGAAGUUUAUUUGCACAAGAUAAUUACAUGGAUGAUGAUGAUUCCGAUUACGUGGCUCCAAGCGAAAGCUCGGAAGCACGCGAUCCCUCUUCGAGUAGUGAUGAUGAAGAAUUGGUGAAUGAAGAAAGGGAACUAAAUCCAUUUUCCCGGCGCCAUGUGUAUAAGGAAAUAGGUGAAUGGAACGUCUCGCGUGUUUACAAGGAUGAUAAUGAUAUAAAAAUGUGGGACGAGACUUCCAAAGGAAUGGGCAUUAAAGUUUGUUUCAAGUCCCAAGGAGAAGCGAAACAUGCCCUGAAGUUGUGGAACAUCCACAAUAAAAGGGAGUUAAAGUCUUUGAUGGAGGAUUCACCUAGUCCACCACCAAGUUCACAAUAUAAUGAGUGGUUUCUUCAGCCCAGUCCCAUACGAGGGGAACUUUUGUAUCUUCAAAAACAACAUCGGAGUUUAGCAGUCUACCAUGACUCCGAUUCAACGAUCAAAACCGAACCUUUAGAAAAUCGUCGGUUUGAUCAAAAGUUUUGGGAGUGCUACUAUAGUGAUUUUAUCCCUCCACAGGGUGAAGUGCUGAACAAUGUCUGUAUGAGGGCCAUAUCAUUCCGAGAAGAAUGUCGUAGAGCCUAUGACCUAGACGAAGAGCUUGAAAAUGUGCUCGACUAUUUCGCAGACGUAACGCACACUGCUUUAACUUUCGGAAAGGACGAUGAGAUGGAUAUUGAGGAUUCCCAAAUCCUUGUAAAGAUCACACGGAAGGUUCGGGCCAAUAUGAGCAAGAGAACCCAGGAGGAGAGUAUGUGGGAGGAGGAAAGGAAUGGGAAGAGACAAUGUGAGGAGAGAGGACGAUGUUGUUUCUUUGAGAGGAUCACUCCACAUGAAGAAGAGGUACUUGUCACCAUUACUCUCGGAGGAGAAUCACAAGUCCUAAAGGUGGAGCCAAUUGUUACAAUCCUUCCAGAGACGCAAGAACAAGUUCUUCAUUCCAUUGAAUCUCAACAGCAACCAAAGGGUUUUCCAAAGAUUUUAAUAAGAGGGAAGGAUGUACGGCGGUUUAAUCCAUUCUGUGAUGGUGGAGAAUUUUCGGCUUCAGGCUUUCUUUAUGGAAAACAGGUGCCAGUUAACACAUUCCACGGUUUCUUAUCCUCAAUUUCUGGGGCAUCAAUGAAUCAGAUCACUUGCGUUGUUGGGCUUAAACAUUCAACUCCAACUAUUGCAUGUGCCUUGACCACUUUGAUUCCACCGUUAAUUUUUAUCCUGGCCAUUCCAGUUAGCGUCCCUUCACGCGUUGAUCUUCUUACUGCAACAAUAUGGGGAACCAUCAUUUGUGUUGGUGGUGCAUUCGUGUUGUCAUUGUACCAUGAGCAAGUUAUCAAAAUAGGCCAAUCAAGCAUUCAUCGAAAAUUAACAGUGGUAGCCACCAUGGGAAUAUCUUCUCAAAUAAGCUCUGCUUCCUUGGCAGUAUGGAUAACCAUCCAAGUGAGUCAACACUACUAA